UUUAUUCAAAUAUCCAACCAAAAUUCUCUCUACAAUUUAUUCAAAUAUCCAACCAAAAAUGGGCAUCACAAAAUCCAACAAAGUGUCACAAAGAGCAGUGAUUAAGCAGAUUAUGAAGAGAUGCACAAGAAUAGUGAAGAAAGAAAGCUUUGGUGAGUUUGAAGAAGGGUUGCCAAUGGAUGUGCCAAGAGGCCAUUUUGCAGUGUACGUGGGCGAGAACAGAACCAGAUACAUCGUUCCGAUUUCGUAUCUAGGCAACCCUCAGUUUCAGAGCCUCUUGCAGCAAGCAGAAGAGGAGUUUGGCUUUGAUCAUGGGAGUGGCCUUAGUAUUCCAUGUGAUGAAGAGGUUUUUGAGUAUGUAGCGUCUAUGAUUAAUUAAUUAGGUACAAGUAAUUUUUUAGCAUUUUUUUAUUGAUCCCGUUUCGUGGGACUAUGUUUACUUUCGUUCUUCGUUUCACCAUUACGUGUCACGUCACAACUAGAUAUGAUAAUGUCGCAUAUGCGACAUGUUGAUGAAAUAUUUCAUUA